AUGGCAGAAGAGACCGUCGAUUUCAAGCUUUACCGCUACAAUCCUUCGAUGGCAGCUGCCGUCAUCUUUAUUAUCCUAUUCUUCCUCAUCACAGCAUUGCACUUUUAUCAAAUGAUGCGAACCCGGACUUGGAUCUUCAUCCCUUUCGUUAUUGGCGGCGUUUUCGAGGUUAUCGGGUAUAUCGGGAGAGCCAUUUCCGCCCAAGAGUCGCCCAAUUGGUCCGUCGCUGUCUACUCACUCUCGACUAUCCUCCUUCUGGUUGCGCCCGCCCUAUUCGCGGCAAGCAUCUACAUGAUGCUCGGCCGCAUCAUCUUGGUGACAGACGGCGAGUCACAUUCACUCAUACCCAAGAAAUGGCUCACAAAGUCAUUCGUAACGGGGGAUGUAAUCUCAUUCAUGAUGCAGGGAGCCGGUGGGGGUAUAAUGGCAAGUGGCACCAUUGAAGCUGUGCAUACCGGAGAGAAGAUUAUUAUUGCCGGCCUAGUAGUGCAGCUUCUCUUUUUCGGCUUCUUCAUCGUCACCGGCGUCAUCUUCCAUGCCCGUAUGGUCCAACAGCCGACGUCAAAAGUAUAUUCCCAGUCGUUGCCAUGGGAAAGACAGCUGUAUGCACUCUACGUAGCCAGCUUACUUAUUCUCGUGCGAUGCAUCUUCCGACUCAUUGAGUAUGCACAGGGUAACGACGGGUAUCUCAUAUCCCACGAGGUCUUCCUUUACGUGUUCGACGCUGUGCUCAUGUUCGCUACAAUGGUUUGGAUGGCUUGGGUUCAUCCAAGUGAGAUCACAGCGCUGCUGAGCAAGGGUCGAGGGAGGGCGGUGCGGCGAGUAAUAUCGGUUUAUUCCCUGCGCUGA